GGGAGUCACCCUGAGGAGUCGAGAAUAGCGAGGUAGUUCGUCAUGGAUACUCGUUCAGGUAGCAUAAAAGAUCCGAUUUAUUACCCAUCUGGUUCGGAUAACUUGGAUCAAAAUAAUGAUGUCGAAUCAAGCGCUCGUAGUUCUGGUGGUAGUCAAGAACUCGGUUUGGACGAGAGCGCCUCGCUUAAAGUACCAAGAAAGUUUAUUACAAAUUGGCGGCAAGCCUGCGAUCGGACUCGUGAUAGAACAAAAGAUUUAUUAAAAAGAUGGAGAACAGUACCUAGUAAUACUGACGUAUUCACUGAAACUUCAACGGUUACCAAAGAGAUCGAACAUCCUGGCUGGAGCGUACACGUUUGGACAACUUGGGUGAGUCGUUAUCCGAGCGACGAUAGUUUAACAGCGAUCGAACAUUUUGACAAAAGAGGACAUUCGAAAGUAUUGGCGCCUAUACAACGUGAUAAACUUUCACAUUUCUUUAUAUUAUUGGAUCACGACAAGGAUGGUUUUAUCACUAGAAAGGAUUUUGGGAUAUUAUCCGAGAGAUUACGAAGAUUCGCCGAUUGGUCUUGGAACGGUCCGGAAUAUUUACGUUUGUUAGAAGUCGAAAAAGGAUUUGCUUCAUUGAUAUUUCCUGAAAAUAAAAAUGAACUGGAACAACAGACGAGAAAAAUCGAUCUUGACGAUUGGUUAUCUUGGUGGACAAAAAUAAUAACGCCAAUUAACGGAACGAAUUACAAUGAGUUACCGUUUUGGAUUAAAAUGAUGCCAAAAAUAUUUUUCCUCGUUAUUAAUGGUACGGGAAAUGGAAAGAUCAGCAAGGAGGAGAUUAGCAAUUUUUAUGGUUCGGUCGUUGGUCUUGAUUCGGAUAGAAUUGAAAAAUGUAUUGACAUUGCCUAUAACUCGAUGACCUCUAAUGGAGAUCAUCCUCUCGGUUGGCCACAGUAUCAAUUAAUUUUUGCAAAUUUUUUAUUUGGACGUGGUCCUUUCGGACCGGGUGAACAUUUUCUUGGAAUGACAGACUCUUGUAUCGCACGUGGAAACAGUAUACCUUUUCCAAUUGAUUAUUCCGCCAUGAAUACUCCGAAAGAUAAAUUAGAAAUUUAUAGUCCACAUUGUAAAAGUAGUAGACGAAGUGUUGUGGUAUAAAAUAUAAAAUAAGUUAUAUAUAUAUAUGUAAAUUCAAUUAACGUGUUAAUUGCAAAAUGGCUAACUUCGGUUCGUUUAUAAAUGUUACGAAUUUAUGCUUUUUUUUUAAUACUCGUAUGAAUUAUUUACGAACUUUCUUAUAUACCAAAGUUAUUUAAUUUCUUAAUUCGAGUUUAUCUUUUAAUUUGUUAUAUUUUAAGAUUAUAUUAUAAACAAAUAAAUAAAUAUAUAUAUAUAUAUAUAUUAUUGUUACAUGAAGAAUUGUAAUUCUAAUUAAAUUAUAUUUAUAAUAUAUAUAUAUAUGAACACGUGCAUAUGCGUUUGUGCGUGUGUGUGUACGUGUGUGUGUAUGUGUACAAUUAAAAUAUAAAUUUUGAACGAUCGUUUAGCAAUGAAGUAUUAAGUAUUAGAAAAUCAAUAGAAGGACUUGAUGUAUAUCAAUUCUUUUAUUUCAAAAAUAAUCAUGUAAUAACUUACAAGGGACAUACACGAGGCAUAAAAGGACAUGCUUAAUAUUUUACUAUUUAACUAAAGACAUGAUUAGGAUAGUCGUGGCGUUGCAUGUAACAAAAAUAUUUCAAAGAAUUCAUUUCGAAUUCUAUUAACAUUUUACUUAAAUACUGACGCGUUUAGAUAAAACAGUUAUGGAAGCUAAUUCUCAUAUAUAUAUAUAUAUAUAUACUACACGUAUACUUGAGUAAAAUAUGAUAUUCGUAUACAAUCCAGUUUACAUGAGUUACAUUAUUUUUCGAUGUAAUUAUUAGAAUUACCAUAAUUGGAUAUUUCGUUAUCAUCACGCGUAUAUAAUGAUUGAUAUAAUAUAAAAUAUUAAUUAAAAUUAUAUGAUCUGCAUAUGAGUAAAAAAGCAGAAAGCACGAAAUUCGCUAAUUUUUCGAAAUUAUCUAAUUAAAAUUAUAGAUAAUAUAAUGAAAUUAUUUCUAAACUAAUUGUAAUAUAUGUAAGUAAAUUGUAAAUUGACGUGGCAAAACAAGCAGUCGGUCAAAUAAUUUUGCGAAUGAUUAAUGAUUUGACAUUAAAAUUAUUUAACGAAGACAUUUCAAAAUGUCGACUUACUUACAUUCAAACGCAUACACACGCGCACACACACGCACACAGGCGCACACACAUACACGCACACACACAUAUACGUACACGCACGCACUUACGCACAGUCCUUUUGUAUCGUUAUAAAGAUUGGCAGUAUAUUAAUAAUUUGUGUAAUAUGGUAUAUUGUUAUUAUGAUUCUUAAAAAUAUGUAUUAUAUAUAUGCAUAUAUACAUAUGUAUGUAUGUAUAUAUAUAUAUAUAUAUGUAUAUAUGUAUGUAUGUAGGUAUAAACCUGAGUUGGGAUGAUAUCAAUUUGGUACAUUGUACAUAUGGUAAUCUGUUUGUCAUAAGGAGUUAUUUUUUUCUUUUUCUUUCUUUCUUUCUUUCUUUCUUUCUUUCUUUCUUUCUUUCUUUUCCUUCUUUCUUUCUCUUAACGCAUCCUUAUAUGAUUGAUAUUAUUUAUUGUGUUUCGCUUGUACUUUUAUUCAUACUUGUACUUUGAUAUUUUCACCAUAAGCAUUAAACUAUGGCAACAAUAUAAAUUUGUUGCAUUGGUUUGCAUUGAUUUAAACGGAAUAACAAAAAUACCAAAUCAGAUAUUUAACAAAUGGCUAUUGUAUCUGCGUUUAACGCGAUUUAACAAUUAUCUAUUAAUAUAAAAUUCGACGAAACAAUGAGGACAGUAGAAUCGAUAAAUGCACCGAUAUUAUUUAGUGAUCGUGAAAAAUGUCACAAUGUUCUUCGUAUAUAAAUAUAUAUACUCUAUUAAUA